AUGCUAAAGUUAAAAAAUCUGACUAAUAAAUAUUUAAAAAAAAAAAUUUUUUUAGUUCGUAAUUUUUGUGAAUAUAAAAAAAUUUAUUAUAGCGGGCCAAAAGAUACAUACAUAAACUCUGGUUUUGAAUUAAAAAAUGAAGACACAGAAAAGUUGAUUGAUUUAGUUAAAGAAAGUUUGAAAUUAAAACUGCUAACACAUAAUUAUUGCUCAGAAGACAUUGGUAAACACUAUUUAGAGCUAGCAAUAUUAGAACACAAAAAUUUAUUAUUAAAUGAUUCCAAAAAUCAUUAUUUUAAAAGUUACGAAAUUUUUAAAAAAAUUAAUGGGGAAUUGAGUAUAAUGUGUGCUAAUAUUCAAACAUACAUAGGUGUUGUUUAUAAAGAUCUAGGAGAUUUAGAAAAAUCGGAAGAAUUUUUGCAAUUAUCUUUAGCAAAUAAGAAAUUAAUAGUCAAAGAUAAAAAUUAUUUAAUUAUUGAUACUCUAAACAAUCUUGGUUCUUUAUAUCAGCAUAAAAAAGAAUAUAAUACAUCUGUAGAAUACUUUGAAGAAUGUAUAAGAAUGCUAAUUUCUUCACCAGUAGAGUUAAAUAAAAAUGAACAAAUAGCAUUAUGCUAUUAUAACUUAUCUUUUUCAUAUAUUAGUUUAAACGAUUUAAAUUCAGCAAUAACUUGUUUAAUUAGGUCAUAUGCAAUUGCUCAAAAUACAUUCGGUCCAGAUCAUAACCUAACAGUUAGAAUUAAAAAUUUACAUGAACGUCUAAAAAAUGAAAUAGACUCAAAAAAAUAA